AUGGGUUUAUGCUCUUCAUCUUAACAGAAACACCCGAGACCACUAAUUAGAUUAGUAAAAGUUGAGAUGGAUAAUAAAGAGGUUAAUUAAUAGUAUAUCUAAAGUCUUUGGAGAAAGAUUAAUGAUUAAAUAGUCUUGAUUAAAAAUAACCAUUAGAUUUCUUUAAAACUAUUAAGUUAAACUGAUAAAAUCAACAAUUUCUUAUUAUUAAAUGAAAGAUAGAAUGUAAACCAAAGCAUUUUGUCCUUUUUUAAAUUAUUUGAUGAAUUUUAAAUUUAAUUUGCAGAAGAAAUAAGGCUUAAUGAAACAUUUUGGAUGGAUUAAUCAGAUUUAUUGAGAAAUUUUGAUUAAUUAUGUGAAACUUUUGCUGAAAUGGGGUUUUGUUCAAAAGGUAUAGAAAUAAAUUUAUAUUAUAGUUUUAACAUAAUCCUUAACUAAAUAUUGA